AUGGAUCAGGUUGAAUUAAACCCAACAAUCCCUGGGAAAGCUUUAAAAGAGCAACUGCAAAAGGAAUAUCAAGUGGGUUUCUCUAUACAUCAGAUUUUUAGGGCUAAAUCUAAUGCAAAAAAACAAGUGCAAGGGGAUUACAGAAAACAGUAUGAGGUUCUCAGAGAUUAUAUCUUAGAGCUACAGUCUACCAAUCCAGAUACAACUGUGAAGUUAGAAUUUGAGUCUGAACCUAACUCCAAUGCCACCUUAAGGAGAUUUAAAAUAAUUUAUGUGUGUCUGGGUGGAAUGAAGAAAGGGUUUAGAGCUUGCCUGAGGGAUUUUCUUGGUUUUGAUGGGGCAUUUAUGAAGGGCCCUUUCCCAGGACAGAUAUUUACUGCAGUUGGGGUAGACUCAAACAAUGGAAUAUACCCCCUGGUUUAUGCUAUUAUUGAGUCUGAGAAUACUCAAAGCUGGAAAUGGUUUCUUGAGAUUUUAGGAGAUGACUUAGACCUAUAUGCAAACUCAAACUUCACAUUUAUAAGUGAUAGACAAAAGGGUUUACAGGCAGCCAUUGCUCAGUUGUUUCCAUGUGCUGAGCACAAAUAUUGUCUCAGGCAUAUACAUGAUAAUAUGAAGAGAACAUGGAGAUCCAAUGAACACAAAGAACACUUGUGGAAUUGUGCCACAGCAACAACAGUCCAAGAGUUCAACCACUUAAUGAAUGAAUUCAACUUAUUUGACAAGGAUGCAUAUAAUUGGUUGAAGCAGAUCCCCCCACAACACUGGGCAAGAAGCCACUUCACAGGGAGAGCAAUAUCAGAUAUGCUUUUAAAUAAUCUUUGUGAAGUUUUCAACAACAAAUUGGUUGAAGGAAGGGAUAAGCCACUAAUAACUUGCUUGGAGUACAUCAGGGAAUACAUGAUGAAAAGAAUCUGCAAUGUAAUCAAGGUGCAAAAUAAGUGUGUAGGGCCUCUAACUCCUUCUGCAACAAACAUUAUGGACAAAAAUGUCUAUUUGGCAUCUCAGUACACAACUAGGUGGAAUGGUUCAGACAAAUACCAAGUGAAAGGGCCAUGGCAGGAUCAACAAGUUGUUGACAUGGCAGAAAGGGUAUGCAGCUGCAGGAAGUGGGAAUUAACUGGCCUCCCUUGUAAACAUGUCAUAGCUGUCCUAAAUGAUAAAGCAGAUAAUGGUGAAAAGAUUGGAGAGUUACACACUUAUGUCCACAGGGUGCAUUGGCUAGAAACUUGGAAAGCAGCUUAUGUUCAUAAGGUAGAGCCUAUUAAAGGGAGAGCAAUGUGGCCUAUAAGUGAUUGCCCAAUUAAAAUCACCCCUCCUCUGCACCAUAAUCAGCCUGGGAGACCCAAGAAAAAGAGAAGGCAAUCUGCAGGGGAGAGAAGCCAGAAGAAAGGAGAGAAUGGUAAUGGUGCUAGUGGGAGUCAAACUGAUGGGGCUAGUGGGAGUCAAACUCAUGCUGCAAGUGGGAGUGGGAAGUUAACAAGGAAGUUUAUUAGUGUGACUUGCAGCAAGUGUAAAAAUAAAGGGCACAAUGCUAGAACUUGCAAGGGCCAAGUAGGAAAUUGA